AAAAAGUCUUAAAUAAAAUUUGAUUCAAGAGAUGGCGCUUUAGUUUGUCUUUAAAUCAUAUGUUUUGAUGUUUACAUCGUUUUUGACUCGAAAUCGAGUCAAAUGUCUUGUGUUUCACGAGAUUUCCCGACGAAUGAUGUCUAAUAUAUUUGAGGCCAAGAUUUGUCUUUUAGGCGAUUCGGGAGUCGGGAAGUCGUCUUUAGCGGCCCGUUUGGUUCACAACACGUUUAAUAACAACAACGAAAGUACAAUUGGCGCCUCUUUUAUGACGACUUCUUUCCUUCAUUUGGACACUACUUUCAAACUCAACAUUUGGGACACCGCCGGACAAGAAAUGUAUCGCGCUUUGGCCCCAAUGUAUUACCGUCAGGCGAGGGUCUGUAUUGUCGUCUAUGACGUCACACAACAGUCGACUUUCCGUUCGUUGCAGUCAUGGGUUCGCGAAUUACAAACACAUCUAACAGAUGGCGUUGUCAUCGCAAUCGCCGCCAAUAAAACCGAUUUAAAGGACUCGCGAGUCGUCUCCGAAAAAGAUGGACGCGAAUACGCCCAAAGCAUUGGAGCCGUCUUUAUGGAAACUUCGGCCAAAUCGGCGCAAAACGUUAGACAACUUUUUGUGGCCAUCGCCGCAAAACUAUUGACUAUUUCGGCGCCAAAAAGGACAGAAUCGACAGGAAUUGCAGUCAAAGAAACGGUUGAAGAAAGUCGUGGAAAGUGUUGUUAAUUGCGUUUAUUUAAGAGUUUAUUAUUUAUUUUUAAUCUUUUUUAAUAAUUUUUGAUUAAUAAAUGAUUUUUUAUGAAAGAA